AUGCUGACAGAUCAAGGAACACAAUUUACAUCGGAUCUCAUGAAAGAAGUAAGCAAGCUACUGUCUAUACGCCACUUCACGACCUCGCCAUAUCACCCAGCUGCAAACGGUCUUGUUGAAAGAUUCAAUGGAAGCUUAAAGCAGAUGCUGAAACGUAUGUGUGCCGAGAACCCAAAGGACUGGGACAGGUAUAUCACCCCACUUCUAUUUGCAGUCAGAGAGGCACCUCAGGAAAGCAUGGGGUUUUCCCCAUUUGAACUUCUCUACGGAAGGAAAGUUCGUGGACCCCUCGACAUCCUCAAAGAACUCUGGACAGGUGAAGAUGAGACAGCCGAAACCAAGUCUACCUACCACUAUAUCUUGGAUCUUCGGAACAGAAUCGACGAGACUUGUCGCAACGCUCAUACUCAACUACAGAAAUCUUCAGAGAGAUACGCAAGGUACUACAAUCAGAAAGCCAAACACAGAGAAUUCCAAGUUGGAGACAGAGUACUCCUUCUACUGCCAACAGACCGAAACAAGCUUCUUCUGCAAUGGAAGGGCCCUUUUGAAGUUGUCUCCAAAGUAAGCGUAACGGACUACAGAAUCGAUUUGAAUGGUAAACCAAAGGUAUUCCACAUAAAUCUCCUAAAGAAAUAUCAUGACAGAAAUAACACAUCUCCUUCUCUUUCAGGUACUGAGACAAUUUGCUCCGCAGUGGUUGAAUGCGAGGAUAAUGCCGAAGAUGAAGACACACCAUCUCCAACCCAACUAACAAACAGAUCUCUCUUGCAGCCAUUUCUAUUACAGGCUAAGGAAUCACUUGCUGAUGUUACCAUUAAUCCAGAUCUUUCUCCCUCACAGAAAGAACAGGUCAAUGCACUUCUCAACAACUACAAAGACGUCAUGUCAGAUCUGCCGAAUCGCACAUCACUUGGCGAACACAACAUCUUACUCGGUGAAGUCGGUGAUCACAAACAGUUAAAGAGUAAACCUUACCCUAUUCCUCAUUCUCUUAGGGACACUUUCAGAGAUGAAGUGAAGACCAUGCUGUCUAUGGGGGUUAUAGAACCUUCAGAUAGCCCCAUAGCUUCCCCAAUUGUCUUAGUCAAAAAGCCUGAUGGUAGUAACCGUUUUUGCGUGGAUUAUCGGAAGCUCAACAAGGUCACUGUAUUCGACGCUGAACCCAUACCCGAUCAAGAUGAAUUAUUCACAAAAGUCGCACAUGCCAAAUACUUUACUAAGAUAGACUUAAGUAAAGGCUAUUGGCAAGUUCCUAUGUCACACAAAUCAAAACCACUAACUGCCUUUCUCACUCCUGAUGGCCUUUUUCAGUUUACAGUCAUGCCCUUCGGCUUGGUGAAUGCGCCUGCCUCCUUCAGCCGAAUGAUGAGAAGACUACUAAAAGGACUUGAUGGAGCUGUAAACUAUAUAGACGAUAUCCUGAUACAUUCAACCACGUGGGAUCAGCAUCUUGCCACACUCACCGAGUUGCUUAGCAGGCUACGAGCAGCAAAACUGACAGCCAGACCCAGUAAAUGCUUCGUGGGACAAUCGAAGGUCGAAUUUCUGGGACACGUAAUCGAAGAUGGAACAGUAAGUCCUCGACCAGAGAAACUCAAGGCAUCCAAGAAAUCAGCAGACCUCAAACCAAACGAGAACUUCGAUCAUUUCUCGGCAUGA